AUGAGCGAAUCAUUAAAGAAACACGAUAUGGAAAAAGACACUUCAAUUCAAGCACCUCGACCUUCAUCCCCUAGGAAAUUUUUCGCUCGUAUCUAUGGCCACUUGGAAAAACCUCAGCAACCGCAAGUGGACGAAAGAACUGAACAGAAGAAGCAAGAGUGCGACAGCGAUUCGUGUUCUGACGUGGAAGUUGAUGAGAGCGAUGGUGCGAGGAAUAGGACCCCGCAAGUUUGGGCACCACCUCCUCCUAUGCCCUUGUGUCCAAGACCCAUGUUACUUCCACACCAGCAACUAGCCUUUGGGGCAGGUUUAGCUGCGUUUUUGGCUCGAAGACGUCGCAAGGAGAGUCGACCUCGUCGUCAACGUACAACAUUCUCGGCGCACCAGACAUUACGUCUUGAGCUGGAAUAUGCAAGAGGCGAAUAUGUCGCUAGAGCAAGAAGGUGUGAACUGGCGUCCGCACUGUCCCUGAGCGAAACACAAGUCAAAAUUUGGUUCCAAAAUCGAAGAGCUAAAGACAAAAGAAUAGAGAAGGCGCAUCUUGAUCAACAAUACAGACAAUUAGCAGCGGCGUCAGGUUUCUUCCCGACUAUAAUCAGCGCGCCCUACGUCCCAACGUGUCCUUGUUUACCGGUACAUCCCCAACAAACAGUCAAGAAGUGA